AUGGAGGGACCAGACACAUUCGUACAACUGCCGCUGGCCAUCGACCCCAAUACCAAGGCCAUCUCCUCAAGCUCGUCAUCAGGCGCACUUGAGGCCGAACUGAACGCCCUCAAUGCGCUCCAUCGUUCGUUCAUCGCAGACCUGGAAGGACCUCUAGGCAUUCCUCCACCGCCCGUUCCCGUCAAUCCCAAGCGAUCGGCACAAAUCACCAAGCUCAAGGAAAGCGGCAACGCCUCGUUCAAGAAGGGCGCAUACCCCGACGCCGUCCGCAUGUACGGCCUCGCCAUUGAUAUGGCUAUCAAGCGUCCUGUCUGGGAACCUGCCGGUCUUGUGCGCGAGGAGCUUAGUCAACUGUACAACAACCGCGCUCAAGCAUACAUGGUUCAGCAAAUGUGGCCCGAUGCUGCCCUCGACGCUUUCUGUAGCACCGAAUUGAAGAAGGUCGCCAACACCAAAGGAUGGUGGAGACGCACUGUUGCUCUCAAGGAACAGGGCCGUCUUGAUGAGGCUCUAGAUGUUAUCAAAGAGGCUGUUGACUUCGAAUCUGCUGGUCCAGACAAGGAGGGUGUGGAGAAGCUUAUCGGGCUCAUGAAGGAAAUCGAGACCGCUGUGGAGAAGAAGGCACUUGCUUGA